AAGUAGUUGUAACCUCAGAAUCACAGCUGCAAAUAUUGUUUUGAAUUAUUAUUUGUUAAAAAUUAUUAGCCGACUUCUUUUAAAAAGUUUUUCCAUUCAACGUGUACAAAUUAAAUAUGCAGUGAUAUUAAUUACAAAAGAUCUGACCAUAUUCAUUAAUAUUCCAAUAAUGGAUAUCAACUUAGCUCAGGAUUUUUCACUAAUUUGUGGAGAAUUGUGCAAUUUGUUGUAUUUAAAAGAAUAUAAUAAAUCAAAAGUGAAUUCUUUUCUUGACGAAUUGAAUUCGAAACCUUUUAAAGGCUGUUUGUUUGUUCGGAAGCACGAUUCAACUGUUUUGGUGACCGCUUUGUCUCUCAAUAUCAAACCAGCAGAUGAGUUAUUGGCUGCAAAAACAUCACAUUUGAUCAACAGUAUUAUUACCAAACAAAGUUUGAAGUUUGAAGCGGAAUACCUAUGGAAAGUUAUUUCGUGGCAUAUUCAGUGUGUGAAACAAUGUUCUGAUAUAAUAUUACCUGACAUUCUCCAUAAUAUGCAAUGCAUUUUGAAGAUUAGCCCUCAAGCAGGCAAAAAGUGUAUUGAGGAACUACUAGGUCAAAAUGGAAUUUUAACAAACCUAAUUGAGCAAAGCAUUUCUUCUCAAAAUAAUCUGCAGAUCUCUUUACUUGCCUUUAAGUGUAUAUCAUCUUGCAUCACAACAGAAGAUAGUAAGACAGAAACCAAUAUAUCAGUUGACAUGCAACAAAAACUUUCACAACUGACUUUAAAGUUUCUGAUGAAGGAUUUAUGUAAUAAAGGAGAUGAGUUCUUAUAUUGUAAGGUUAUAAUAUCAGCUUUAAGGGUACUCUCUCAGUUAUAUUAUAGUGAACAGAAAGUAUCGAUUCCAUUGCCAGAGGUUAUGGGUGUUUGUCGUUAUUUUGUACUGUAUGGGCUUGUUGCCCAAGGGUCUACGCCUGAAAAGAUAAUGCCAGCCCAGCAGACUAUGGCCGCUGCUCCUGUUAAAAUUGUUCCUAAAGGAGGAAAGAAACAAAAAUUGAGAAAGCAAAGGAACAAUGCCAUAGAAAGUUUAAAGAAAGAGAUUCCAGUGUCGGAUCACAGUUUGAUGAAAGAUGUUGAUAAUUUUGAAAAUAACUCAGCUUACAAGCCUGUUUCUAGCCAAUACUUGGAGCCUCAGAAAGCCAAGAAUGGCUGGGUUCUGACUAGUGAUUCAGAUAUGUCUGAUGUUGAGAACAGCAGGGAAGCAAAGCUUAUAGCUCUGAAAUCUAGAGUCAGACAGAGUGCCUCAAAUCUUUUGCUUGUCUUAGUUAAGAUAUCAGAAAAAAGAGACAUAUUCGGGUUCUGGUGGGCUCUUCUGCCAGAUUCCCCUGAUGAUGCCAACUGGUCUGCACAUGAGCCUGCCAAGAAAAGCCUCGUAUAUUGUGCUGUGACGGACCCUAUAGCCAGUAGCAGAGCUAGUGUGUUGAGUGUCAUUCUUACUAUGCUGUCAGGAGCUAGAGUGUACUUGUCGCAGGCUGAUACAAGCAAAAAAGAUGGUUCUUUUAUACCAUUCUCUGUAUCCCUUGGCUAUGUCAUAAAUUGCAUGCACAAAGCCCUCAUCAGUAUACUAGACAGUGAAAGGAGUCAUGCAGUAAUUAUUGUAGCUCUAAAGUGCUGUGCUGCUCUCGUACAGGCCACACCUUAUCACAAAAUGAAGUCGGGCUUAAUUGGAGAACUCGUGAGGGCCACCAGGAAAUUUUUGGUCCAUAGAGAUGUAACAUUACAAGUCGCCGCAUUAAUAACAAUGGGAUGUGUCCUGUCUGUUGAUCCAAAAGUCGACGAAAUUAUCAAAUCCAUUCAAAAAGAUGCAGUGCCUUUGAAAAUUAUUGCAAGUAAUACUAAAGUGGAGACUGAAUGCGAUGAUUUUGAAGAAGGUUACUCUGACGACGAAAUGUUUGUAGAGAGUACUAGUGAAAAAGACAAGGAGAAUGAUAUGAAUCUCUAUCAUUUUAAUAGUUGGAUUUUGGAUAUCUGCUUUAAAAAUAUGGGAUGGAUCUUCAGAGGGAGUGUGGUUACGAGGUGUAAGCCGUCCGUUAUCCCAGUAGUGUUAGAAUCUCUUCAAGUACUUUCAGCCAUUGCUUUCCAUCACUUGAGAGAGCUCCUUCAACCACAUAUAACGGUGUUGGCUGAUGUCUUGUCGGAGUUGUUACAACAUGAACAUCAAGAUGUGGUUUUGCAAGCGGCCAGGACAACCAGUAUUGUGGGGGAUGCUGUUCAGAAAUUAGAACAAAUAGAUGAACCGCCGCCUUUAAACCAGUGCGUGUAUUUUUGGGAGAAGCUCCUGCCGCCACUUUCAAUGGCUUUGCAAUGUCAAGAGAACUCGCCGGCUAAAGCAGUCGUAUGUGACUGUAUAGCGAAUGUGGGCGCACGGGUAUUAAAAGAGCUACCUAGCCGAACGCAAGUGUUAUGUUGCGCUUUAUUGGUGGGAUCGUGUAGUGACCCCGAGCCAGCUGUUCGUGCUGCAGCCGUGAGGGCUCUAGCUAUGCUGGUCAUGUAUCCCACGCUUAGAGAGGAUAUAUGCUUUGUGAGUGACUGCGGUGAAAAUAUACUUCGUGCUCUUGCGGAACCAACCCUAGUUGUCCGCACGAAGGCCGCGUGGGCCCUAGGCAAUCUCAGCGAUGCUCUGGUGUUAAAUAUGAAAGAUCCUGAGCUCGAUAACAUUGACGACGAUCUAUUGGCCCGUUUGCUAGAGGUCAGCGUGCAGUGCGCCAGCGAUAACGAUAAGGUCAAAAUGAGUGCGACGCGAGGCCUUGGUAAUUUUCUACGAUUGAUAACGAGCGAGUUUUUAUCACGCAACAGUCAAAUCAAGACCAUAUGUGAAGGGGCAAUAGGGAAGCUUUUGGAGUGCUCGUGCAAGGUCAGCAAUAUGAAGGUGCGGUGGAACGCUUGUUACGCGAUAGGAAACGCUAUGAAAAACGAAUAUCUCUUCAGAUGUUUCAGUGGAUGGCAGAGGCAAGUGUUCCCAAGUCUAUGCACACUAUGUCUCGAAUGCAAGAAUCUAAAGGUGCGCAUCAACGCGGCAGUUGCGUUGCGAGCGCCGAGCAGCCGCGAGUUCUACGGCGAGCAGUUUGCGGGCGUGUGGCGUGGCAUCAUGGCGGCCAUGGAGAACGCAGCCAAUGUUGACGACUUCACUGAAUAUAAACAUAAGGAUAAUCUCAUAGAACAGCUCUGCGUGACCUUAGCCCACAUGUGCUGUCUCCUCACUCCAGCGGAUCUCACUGAAAUCCUAGACCCCUUAGUGUUUCAUUAUGAAUGCGCAAAAUCUCUCUACACCCAGUUAUGUCACAGAUUGCUUCCUGAAAAUGCUUCGUGCAUGAAGAUAUUGCAAGCUGCGAAGUACGUGACGGUAGAUUUGACAGCCAGCUCUCAGACGCAACAGCAGUCGUUGGCAAUGCUCCAAGAUAUAUUCAUAUGGGAUAUGUAAAAAAUUCAUGAUCAAAUAGGGGCCGUAAUAAUAGUGAAAGGUCAGACAAGUGGUAAACCGACGACCUUGCUUAAAAAUAUUGAUAAAUUAUGACCAUAAAAGCUUCAUGCCCAUGAAGCAAAAAAGGCUGUAGCGAUCGUGGCAAUUGAAAAAAUUUAGUCUCUGCUUAACCCUCUGGGAAAGUGGCGUGAUAUUAUUUAGUAAAUAUUCACCUGAGAUUAUAUAUUAUAAGCAGCUAAUCGAUCUAAAACUGAUUUACUUAUGGAGUUUGAACAUACUGAAAAGGGACAUAUGUCUGUCUCUUUUCAGUACACGACCGUUCAACCUUUUUAGUAAGUCUUUUCACUCGGAUAUGUUGAAAACUUAUUUACAAAAUUAUAUUAUUUAUAUAUUACAUAUAUAUUUUCAGUUUUGUAAACUGAAAAAAUAAAUAGAGUUUGCUAGCCCUAGAAUUAGUUUCAACGUUUUGUUAUCUCGUAGGUCUUAUAUAAGUUAGUUUUUGCUUAUAGUUAAUACCUAGAUCAUCGUCAUUUUCUUUUUCUUAAGUGCAGGGUAAAGUAUUUUUCAAAGAAUGGAUAUGAUUUAUAUGAAUAUAAUUCAUUUAUCAUGUUAGUAUAUAUACCGUACGUUAUACAAAUAUUUAUACAAUUAUAUAAGGGUCGCACAAAUUAAGUCUGUCACCAAAAGAUCAAUUUUUUUGUCAACUUAGGUAUAUUUAUUUCAUUUUAUAUAUUGCGGUAAGUUGUUGGAUUUCUUUCAACCAGUCAGUGUUUGUACUUGGUUAGUGCGGACCUUGUUUAUGUAUAAAUUUUAAAUAUUUCAGUUUGUUUUAAUUGAAUAAGGAAAUAAUCAUUUUUAACCUAAGUAUAAAAUUAAAUACUAAUAUUUAUUGAAAUAAAUACUUUUGUAUAACA